GGGGGGCGGGCACAUGGAAUUCCGUUCUUAUGGAGGUUCUAAUUAUUCAUAAAGCGGACCAAUUGAGAGGCGUAUGUAAAUGAGUCAGGUUUAAAUGUAUUUGUAGGCUUAUCCCAGACUCAGCGAAUGAACGCUAGACUGGAGUGAGCAGACCGCGACUGUAGGAGACGCUUCAUUUCGUUUGUGCAUCGAUAAUAAUCUGGAUUCUUUUGCUUUGAUACAAUCUUUUUUAAAACCCACGCUUUGAAACCGAUUUGACGUUCUACUCCUAAACCGAAAUAAGCGGAGAUCAUAUAGUCGGGGCAUCCAGCUGACAUCCACCGAGCAGACGCGAGUCUUCACCGGACUGAGCUCGCCAUGUCCUCCGGGGAUGAGUCGGAGCAGAGCCGGCGCUGCUGUGUUCUGUCGUGGGAGCAGGUGCAGCGUCUGGACUCCAUCCUGGGAGAAUGUGUCCCGAUCCACGGCCGAGGAAACUUCCCUACACUGUCCGUUCAGCCACGGCAUAUCGUGCAGGUGGUUCGUGCUCGUCUGGAGGAGCGAGGCGUAGUGGUGCGGGAUGUGAAGCUGAAUGGCUCAGCUGCCAGUUAUGUGCUCCACCAGGACACUGGACUUGGCUACAAAGAUCUGGACCUGAUCUUUGGUCUGAGUCUGACCGAUGACAGGACCUUCCGUCUGGUGAAGGACGUGGUCCUUGACAGCCUCCUGGAGUUCCUGCCUGCUGGCGUGAGCCGGGACCGCAUCAACGCCCUGACCCUGAAGGAAGCGUAUGUGCAGAAGCUGGUGAAGGUUUGCAAUGACACGGACCGCUGGAGCCUCAUCUCACUUUCCAAUAACACUGGCAAAAACGUGGAGCUAAAAUUUGUGGAUUCCCUGCGACGGCAGUUUGAGUUCAGCGUGGACUCUUUUCAGAUCGGCUUGGACUCGCUGCUGCUUUUCGACCGCUGCUCCGAGACACCCAUGUCCGAGAGUUUCCAUCCCACUGUGCUUGGAGAGAGCAUGUUUGGAGACUUUAAAGAAGCGUUGGGACACCUACAUGCCAAAAUCAUCGCUACGCACAGUCCGGAAGAGAUCCGUGGUGGCGGGCUCUUGAAAUACUGCCACCUGCUGGUAAGAGGUUUCCGUCCAGUGUCUGAGACGCAGAUGAAGACGCUCCAGCGCUACAUGUGCUCACGCUUCUUCAUCGACUUCCCAGACAUCAAUGAGCAGCAGAGGAAGUUGGAGGCGUACCUGCAGAACCACUUUAACGGCAUGGAGCACAAAAGGUACGAUUGCCUCGUGACUCUCCAUCGUGUGGUAGACGAAAGCACCGUGUGUCUCAUGGGCCAUGAGCGGAGGCAGACGCUCAUGCUCAUCUCCUCUCUGGCACUACGUGUGCUGGCCGAACAGAACGCGAUUCCUGCACUGUCUAAUGUUACGUGUUACUACCAACCGGCACCCUAUGUCAGAGACGUCAACUUCAGCAACUAUUAUGUAGCACAUGUGCAUUCGCCCAUUUCUGCCUGUAACAACUCCUAUCAGACAUGGCUGCCUUGUAGCUGAGCUAUAAAAGGACAAACACUGCUGGGGAAUAUUUGCAGUUUUCAGAUGAUGUUUGGUUAAAAUCCUCAGACUUUCCAAGGGGAAUCUCAUUAAAACAUGUUGAUGUCACAACUCACAGAAAAAUAACAUAUUUUGUGCAAAGAAAUGACCAUUUCUCAAUUGUGAUUCUCAUUAUACUUUCAUAUUUUUUUAUGAGAAUUAAAGUGAAAAUCAAGACAUUACAGCAAAUACGAGAUAUUUUGGGAUUUGGAAAAUUCUUGUACUAAAUAUUUCUUUAAAAUUAUUUCACGCUGAAAAACAAAAAAAUAAAAAAAUAAUGGUCUUACAAGUAGGCUUAACUUUCUUUAUGCAUAAUAUUGUCAUAAUAUAAUCAUAUAUAUUAUAAUAUAUGAUUUCAUGAGAUUUUUUUUUUUUGUUGCUUUUGUGCAAAAUUGGAUAGAGACCAAAUGUGAGAUAUUGUGUCUUAAUGUGGAUGCCACCAACCUGUUUCACUGAACUUCAUUGGGAGGAAGGUGGGGAAAUGUCUAAAGCACUUCAUUACUCUAUGUAUGUGUAACCCAUUCAUGUUUUAUAAGUGAAACAUUUUUAAGUUAUGAAACCGCUUUUGUUGAGGUUAUGCAAAAAAAGAGAAACAAACAAAAUCAAGAAAAACAGUAUAUCUUGGAGACUAUGUUCAGUUCAGUUGCUACUUUCCUUAUUUGAAAAAACGGAGUACCAAAGACUUUACAUGUUGCAGUUUAAGUGUAAUGUUACUUCUGUGACUUCAAGUGCCUGAAACCAACUACAAACUGAUCUGUAUGUAAAUUAUAAAUGUUUAUUGUUCUGUUCUCCAGGCUACUGUAUAGUACAGUAUUUUUUUUUUUCAGGGUAAUGGCAUUUCCUUUCCAAAUCAUAAAAAAAGAAAUAAAGCUAAAAUUGCUCCUA